AUGAUGGAAAUUCUACCCAUAUCAGCAGCAGAUAAAGGAUCUGCAAGACUUCGUCAAGCUCUGAAUAAGGAAAUGUUCAUAUCACGCUGCAAAAACCGUUUAAAAGGAAAAAAGAAAUUACAAAAAUACCUUCCCGAGCGAUCCAGUUUUCUGUAUGAAUAUUUGGGCUCCAACGGAGGAAGCUUGAACCUCAAAACUAGCAUAUAUAAAGAUUUCCUAGGAGAAACGGCUCGCAGGGAUGAUAUCAAAAAUAAAACCAUAAGUUCCAUGAUACCGGAUGAGGUGUUAUGUAGUGCUGAAGAUUACCUACCCCGACAAUUUAUGACAGCGAUGAUGUUUGCAGAUGUUUCCGGUUUUACAGAUCUUUCGGAAAAGUUCAACAAACCGGGAAAGGGCGGAGCUUCCAAGUUAUCUCAAGUGUUGAACUCCUACAUCGGCGCAAUGGUGCAGGAAAUCCUCUCGCACGGUGGUGACAUACUGAAGUUUUCCGGUGACGCUCUGCUAGUGCUUUUUAAGGUCACUUCAUCGGUUUCGUUGCCGGAUGCCACUCAUCGAGCCAUCGAUACGGCUAUCAUCAUUCAAAAGUCAUUCGGUGCUUAUGAAACGGAAGUCGGCGUUACACUGCGUGUGAAAAUUGCAAUUUCUGCUGGUGAGGUUUAUUUUUCGUUGAUAGGGACGGAAAAUUUUUCACAAUAUGUAGUGAUUGGACAGCCGGUUUGGAAGGUGAAGAUUGCAGAAAAAGUAGCCGAAGCGGGAGAUAUAAUUGUGAAUCAUUUGGCCUGGAAUUACAUUCACGACAAUGAAUACAUUUCGGAACAGUGCGAUGACAGAGUACAUUUCCGAAUUAAAGGUUUUACAAGCUAUUGGCGCACUACUCAACGACUGAAUAUUUUCGACGUUCUUCAGAAAGAAAAUAUGGAAGAUGAUCGUUCGGAAAUUAUGAUUGCCGAUGACGAAAUGAAAUUGGACACCGAAACAUUGGAAAUUCGUCCCAGCUUGAAACAUGUCGGCACCCGCGUGAUAUCGGCAUCUUUGCGAAGGUUCUUGAUAAAGCCCAUUUUAUUCGCCAUCGACAACGACGAACCAAUGGAAUUUUUGACCGAAAUGCGGCAGAUUGUCACUGUGUUUCUAAAUAUCGUUCUCAGGCCUAAAGAAGUGCUCGAAGUAAUCAGUGAGAUAAAUUCUAUUUUAAUAUCUCUAACCAAUCUUGUAGAUAGUUACGAAGGGACGGUCAAUAAGGUGUCCCUGUUCGACAAGGACGUGAUGUUUUUGAUAAUUUUUGGUUUACGCGGUUUCAAACAUGAUCUGGACAGUCAACUGGCAUUAAGAUGUGCUGCUGAAAUUCGCGAACUAUACAAAGCAGAUCCCAAAGUUCUCACGGUUUCGCUAGGCGUUACCACUGGUAUGACCUAUUGUGGAGUUGUUGGACAUUUCGUGCGCAGGGAAUACUCUGUCAUAAGUGUAACCGUGAACAAGGCAGCUCGUUUAAUGAUGGCCUAUCCAAAUAAAGUAACGUGCGAUAAGGAUACGUUCAUGAUGAGUAAGCUAGAUCCGGUACAUUUUGUUCUUCAGGAAACCAUAGAACUUAAGGGCUUACAAAACGUUGGACCGAUAUACGAGUUUAAGGAAGUGAUACCUGAACGGGAAAUGGUUAAACCAAUGGAAUAUGAAUAUCCUAUAGUUGGGAGAGGCGAAAUUAUUGAAGUUUUCCAAGAAAUGUUGGAUGACGGAAUGUUUCUCACUCACUAUUUAGGCUCAAAUGAUAUUGAAAAGAUCCAAGAAUACACCUACCAAAGCUGUCUCCUGAUUAGAGGAGAAGCACAAAUGGGCAAAACACGUCUGUUGAAUGAGAUAUUCCAUAUUGCAUUGAAGAACAAAAAAAUUAGUUCGCUGCGAUUGACACUGUCCAUGAAGGAUUUCAAGAAACCCUUUUCCGCGGCUUACCUUUACCUUUCGAGACCGCUCGGUUUCACGGAAACCAUAACAAGUAUCACUCGGGAAAAUCGUAUCAAACAAUACUUGAACGAGUAUGAAAUUCAUCAAUACCUGGCCUUACUGAACGAAAUUCUUGACACUGAGUUUCCGGAGACCGAAAUUCUUCAGAUGAUGAAUCGAAACGAACGCGGUGUCAUGCGUCGAAAACUGUUCGAACUGUUAUGCAACAAAGCGUUUCAAAACCUAUGGGUUUUGAUUAUUGACGACAUUGAGUUUAUGGAUGACGAAUCAUUCGAGUUGUUCGAGAUCCUGUGGAAAAUGCCUCAGGUGAUUACGGUGCUGGCUUUGGGUUACCAGCGGCGGCUGACAUCGCAGUACAUGAAGCUGUUCGACAAUCCCCACGUAUGCCAAUUGAAGCUGACCCCGAUCGAUACGCUGCUGCACAAAGCGAUCGCGUGUCAAUUUUUAAAUGUGAAUGCUAUUCCACUGGACCUGGAGCGUGCAAUUCACACUAUGAGCAGUGGCAAUCCUGGCUGGAUGAACACUUUUAUGAUGUCAUUAAGGCAGAGCGGCUUGCUGCGAAUCAUCCGUAUGGGAUCAUUCGAGGCCCACGCUAAGGGAUAUGUGUUCUGCGAGUCGUCUCUCCUAGUACGAACCAGCAUUCGGUCUACGCUAUCCUUUCAGAUGAGCAGUGCCGAUUGGGAAUUAUUCGAAACAUGCUGCGAAGAUGAUCACCUCUUUUCAUAUGCCAUGCUGUCAAACAAAUUAGUUGAUGUGGCCAGUCUACGGGCUGAGAUCGAUACUCAAAGCUAUUUCACUUCAUCCUGUCUGGAUGCGUUUCACCUGAUGCUGUAUGAUUCGUUGUCCUCGUACGAGCAGUAUGUCUGCAAAUGUGCUGCUGUCCUGGGACAAAAAUUUUUGCGCGUGGCACUGGUUUUCGUGAUUGCACAGUACAAAGAACGGGAUGUGGCUAUCGCUAUCCAAAAGCUGUUUGACCUUCAAAUAUUGUCUUGCGCAAUCGGCGAUUUCACUUCAGGACUCAGCUUACAUCAAAAGAACGUCAACACCGAACAUCUGGAAAAAGGAACUUGCGGUUGUAUCAAUUUGAACAUUCCACUAGCAUGCUGGGAGUUACCUCGAUAUGCCGCGUGUGGAUAUUCGAAAUUCAAUUCUAAUCUAUUCCGCCAGACUGUCUACAAUUUGCUCACCGAGGAGCAGAAGACUGAAUUUCACAGUCGGGCGCUAACAUUCAUAGAACGUGAGACCAAAAAAUGUGAAGCCUGUGGAGGCGGAUCCUUCCGUAACUUGAUAACCAGUGACGAUGGCUUCGAAGUAAUAAUGGGAUUCAAGUCACGUCGAGAAUCCGAUCAAUCGUAUCAGAAUCUAGUGCGCAGAGACGGAACAAGCAGAUUUUCAAUGCAGUCGGACAGACGCAGUCGAAAUCUGCGAGACAUAUUUUGGUGGAGAAAACCUAAUGAACCUAGUGAAAAAAUACCUAUCUUAAGCUACAAAGAAUAUGAUUUCAGUCACUGUCGUUGUCACAUGAUUCUAUUUUCGAUGUACAAUGAGAUAGUACACCACAGUCAGGGGGCAGGCAUGGUCGAGAAGCACAUAGAGGCCCAAAUUGAGCUGGCAAACAUCUGCAUUAAGAUUGCAAACAUUCCGAAAGCGAUUCAGAUGUUGGAAAGUGUGCAAAAUCAAAUGAAGGAAAUCAAUCGAUCCGAUAAUAUCGGGUUGGUCACGUACCUGAAAGGAAGACUGUUUACAUUAUUGGCAAUUUGUAGAUUCAAGCUGGAACAGUAUGGCAUGGCAACAGAGUUCUUCUACAUGGCAUCGGAAGUCAUGGGACUACCAUUCCCUAAAUCGAAUAAAGCGGCAACUAUUCAGAUUUGGUUGAUCUAUCGUAAGGUGAAGAAAUUGAUUGCCAAGAAGCAAUUAAGUACCUUCGACAAGCCCAAAUCAAUAUGGUACAUACUGAUAGCGUCGCAAUUGUCGGCUUGUUUCGGCGGAAUGCUGCAACUAUUUCGUAAGCUUACCAAGUGGAAGCUAGCAGAACUGGCAGCUGUAUCCAGCCUGAAGCAUGCUCUUAAAUAUCGUCGAAAUCCUUCUAUUCUCGUGGAAGCUUUUGCCGGGUUUUUCCAGAUCGCUUUCCAUAUGGGAUAUUCUGAUGAAACUACUUGGAUGCAAGCGAAAUCAUUAAUCAUAAUAGCAGAUAAUGUGACCUAUGUUGAUAUGGAUUAUUUAAAAUCUAUCGUUAGAUACUAUACUGCUCUUCUGAUGUGCCAGACAAUUCGAACUACCAAACUGCUUUCCAUCGAACUGGGCAAAGUCGUACUCAACAUUACCGACACAAUUCAGUAUCGAACAGGCGACUGGGAUAUCAUUCCGAUUCUCGCCGAGUUAUUCCUAUCGCAUCGGAUGCUCUCGGAUGCAGUGAACAUGUUGUGGAGCUUCCAAAGUCGUUACAAAGAGAGUUCUGCCCAGGCAUGGUACUAUGCAAUUGCGAUGGACAUCCUGUUGGAUACAAGUUGCUGUAUUGAAACGUAUAAAAGCUGCGAAAGCUUUUUCCUGAAGAAUCGUGAAGCACUUGGAUAUCAACCGGAUGCGUGUUGCGUUACUAGAUUAUAUGCGGACCUGUGGCUGUGGUGCGUUCGAUACGAGGCUUGGGAAGCAGCCGACGCGUGGAUGGAUAAAUUGCAAGAAGUGUUUGUACUCACUGCACACGAUUCUAUGAUCAAUGUGCAUACCGCCAUCCGAGUUUUGGAAGGGUUCAUUUUGACACUUGUAUCCAAGGUUGAAGCAAGAGAUAUCUUAGCAAUAGUACGACUGCAAGCCGAAAUAGAAAAAUUAAUCGCAAACAUUGAAGAUGCUUUGGAUAUUAGCCGGUGUCACGAAGCAAAAUAUAAACUACUAAAAAUUUACUACAAGGAAGUGAUUCAGCCCAAAAACCAAGUGUCGCAAAAAUUGACUAGCCUCCGGAAACUGGCGUUUUCUCGAAACGACUAUCUCUGUGCGGAGAAAAUUCUUCAUACAAUGCAGUUCUGGCGUUGUGGAUUACCAACGAGGAUUGAAACAUUUUGGUUGGAUCACUGUUCAAUUGAUAGUUCAUUGUCGGAACAGGAUGGUGAGACGACUGCCGAUGAAACGUCUUCCUCCGAGCGCCGGUAUAACUACGUCAACUGCAUACUUAACUACGAACGAAUCUACCCCUAUUCUUUGCCACUGCCAAGAGCGAGAUACUUUUGA